AUGGUGAGUAACCGUAGGUUGGCUCCGGCGUCUGCCGCCAAACCCAGGCUCAAGUGGACGAGGCAACUCCACCAGCAGUUCGUCGGAGCAGUCUCUCACCUCGGCGGCGCAGCCAGUAUGUUCUCCCCGGAAUAAACUCCUCAAGAUUCUCGUCUCCUGGUACAGUGCAAGUAUCCCACUAUUUACUUAUUGAUUUGCAGAAGCGACUCCUAAGUCAGUGAUGAGGCUGAUGGGCGUCCCCGGGCUCUCCUUGUGUCAUCUGAAGAGCCAUCUGCAGGCAUUCUCCAUCUCCUUCUUCCACAAUCGAAAUAUCCUAUUUUCAGUGAAAGCCAUUACUGUGGGCUGAUCACUAUGGCUACCUCUCUCUCUCUCUCUCUCUCUACUUCCCAAUGCCCCCGAUUGCAGAAGUAUCGGAUUGCCGUCAACUCCAAUCCGGAGCCUUGUUGCGAGGUAGAACGAGGUGAGAGAGGUCCUUAUCUCUUCCAAGAGCACUCAUUUCUCUGUCAGCGGCUCACAUUUUCUUCAUUCAGUCGGUUGUAGAGCUGAGACCCAUGAGGCCAUUCCUGACGGGGAUAGAAGCCAAACUCAGAACCACGAGUAAGCAGCGAUCACUGUUCCUGCGAAUUCUCCCUCCGUUAGAUUUGAAGGCCGCCGUCCAUGGUGCUAUUUCAGGACCCUUCCGGAAAUGCAAACGGAUGUGCCGAACAAGUUCCAGGAACAGAUCGAGGUCAGAUCUUUCAUGACCUAUUGGAGGAGUCGUUUCAAUCGAUCCCCUCGUACGAAUGUUCGUAUGCCUUUUUUUCUUCUACUCUCUGAAUAUCUUGCAGGUGCAGAGACACUUACAGCUCAGGAUGGAGGCGCAGGAGAAGUAUAUCCGAUCUGUUCUGAAGAAGGCGCAAGAGAAGCUCUCCGUGUACAGCCGGAGCUCUACGGAGAUGGCGGCGGCGGUGGACAGAGAGAUCGCCGGCGGAUCCUUCUCUUAUGGUGGCCUAGCGCCAUCGCCGGCGGCGGACUGUUCCAGUAGUAGUUGCUUGACUACUCUGGAGAGACCGGAAGAGGCGGGUGAGUGGCCGUCGACUAACGAGCCGUCGACAAUGCGAAAGACAGACGGCGGCGGUGGAAUUUAUUCGGGUCACAGUUGUCACUGCCUGAACGGUGCUCAGGAGGAGGAGAGCAGCUCGGAGGAGAUUGAUUUGAACAGGUAG